GGGGACGCGCUGCCGCCGCCGCCGCGUCCGCCCUUCACCCCCGGCUCUCGGGGCGCGCGGAGAGAAGGUAACCGCGCGUUGGCCCGCUGGUCGUCGAGCCCAGGGUCUCCACUCCUGGGCAGGAGAAGGACUGUCCACGUCUGAGGCACAUUUGGUGCCAUCUACGUCCUUGGUCAGAACAUCUGCAGCUCCUUCCACGGGACUGAGAGCCAGGCCUCGGGACAGACAAGCCAUGGACCCCCACAGCCUCAGCAUGUGAGGGCAGCACCUUAGCACAGAGGGGCAGCCUCCGUCCACCCUCUCCCACCAAGAAGGAGGGAGCUGAGAAGUGGACCCUUCACCUAGCCCAGCGCCCUCCCCAGGCCCCGGUGGGCAUGUACCAGCAGCUGUGAACAGCCAGAGCCGAUGCCGGGCCCCCAGGGGGCCGGAGGAGCCCCGGCCAUGAACCUGGGCAAGCUCUCACCCGUGGGCUGGGUGUCCAGCUCGCAGGGGAAGAAGCGACUGACCGCAGACAUGAUCAGCCCCCCACUUGGGGAUUUCCGCCACACCAUGCAUGUGGGCCUCGGCGGGGACGUCUUUGGUGACACCUCCUUCCUCAGCAACCAUGGUGGCGGCUCAGGGACCACCCACCGCUCGCCCCGGGGCUUCCUGGCCAAGAAGCUGCAGCUGGUGCGGAGGGUGGGGGCCCCGCCCCGGAGGAUGGCUUCUCCGCCCGCACCCUCACCUGCUCCACCGGCCAUCUCCCCCAUCAUCAAGAAUGCCAUCUCCCUGCCUCAGCUCAACCAGGCGGCCUAUGACAGCCUCGUGGUGGGCAAGCUCAGCUUUGACCGCAGCCCUGGCAGCUCCACGGACGGCCACUCUGCUUACGGAGUGGACUCCGGGUUCUGCACCAUCUCCCGCCUGCCUCGCCCAGAAAAGCCUCGUGACCGAGACCGUGAUAGCUCCUUCCCCGCUGAGCCUGAGCUUCGACGCUCUGACUCCCUCCUGUCCUUCCGCCUGGACCUCGACCUUGGGCCCUCCCUCCUCACUGAGCUCCUGGGGGCCAUGAGCCUCUCAGAAGGCUCUGCCGCGGAGACCCCAGCCCCGGCUCCUGCUGCAAGUCCCCCAGCCUCUGUUGCAAACCCGCCGGCCCCUGCCUCAAGCCCCUCACCUCGUGGACGCUGCCCCAAUGGGGUAACCACCAGGUUGGGCCCAGUGGCCGAGGCAAGGGCCAGUGCAGUGGGAGAGGGCCCCCGUGUGCCUGCUGGUGAGGGCCCCGGCAGGCACUGGGGAGCUGUCUCGGGUGGCAGCCAAAGCUGCCGCCACUACACUGAGGUGGAUGCUCCGGGCGAGGGGGUGGGGGCGUUGUCCCAGGCUCGGGCCUCCUGGGGGAGCCUGGACGAAGAGUGGGGGGCAUCCCAGGCAGGCAGCAGGACCCCCGUGCCCAGCACAGUGCAGGCCAACACCUUUGAGUUUGCUGAUGCUGAGGAAGACGACGAGGUCAAGGUGUGAUUGGCUGGGCACGGGCUGAGAACCCUGGCCAGCCUCCGGGCACCGCCUGCGGGGAGCCCAGGUGCAGCCCCAGCCCCUGGCGGCUGGGUCUUGCCAAUGACAGACCCCUCCACACCUCUGCUGGACAGACAUGGGAGGGAGGCCAGGGGAGACCAGGCUUGUUCUGGGACCUGGGUGUUCCCCUCGUCCCUGCUCGGCCACUCCGCCUCCCUCCACUGCCACACCGGACCUCUGGACCUCUGGACCCAGUAGCCAUUCCCUGGGCCCACCUUCCGCCCCAGGCCCCCCACCCGCUGGAAGGCCCAGCCUCACAGUGCAGCCUUUGUGUUGGGAAAGCUGCCCUUGCUGGGUGGGGGUGGGGAGCCUGCCACAUAGUGCCUUUGUCUUCUCUCCCAAAGGGACCCUCGGCCCCAGCUCAUCCUGGAGUUGCCCCCAGCAGGGUCCCUCCUGCCUGAGAGCCCCCAAGGCUGCCUCCGCAACAUUCCCACCACCAGCCCCAUGUCCCAAAAGCCUCAGAAAAGUCAGGUGUGACCUCACUGGGAGGGGGGAGGGUCCCACCUUCCCGUGCACCCCAGACCUGCCUCUGGGUCCUGAUUAAAAAGGCUUUUUUUGAU